UCACUCAAAACAAAUGCAUACGUCCUGAGAUAAUGAAUUUCUAAAAAACGACUGGUUUCCAUGAUAAAUUUUAAUUUCGUGCGAGAAAUCGCUGUUUUUUGAAAAUCCAUUAUCUCAGGACGUAUGCAUUUGUUUUGAGUGAAACUUUCAGGAUAUGCUAGUGUUCAUAAGAUCUCUUUAUGGACAAAAUUUGAGAUCCAAAGUCACCCAUUUACUACUGCUACUCAGAUGGUGCCAUAAGUCAAAAAAAAAAUAAGGGCACGAACCAACUUAGGGUAUUUCACUACUCACUAGGGUCUACAAGAUAAAAGUAGUCCGAGUCCAAAAGCUUUUUAUCACCUCGAGAGGUUCCCUCGUGAGACUAACAUAGAGAAGAACUUCGAUAUGAACAAUAGGAAACAAAGAUCAUUCUGUAAUAGAAAAUUACGAGUAAACGAUAAUAUUACAAUAAUGAAAACGGAGGAUUCAGGCUAUUUGUUCGGAUUUUUUUGAGAUGAAUAGAAUUAUGGGACUUAUGCAGAUAAUGUUUCUCUAAGAAUAACACUAAAUAGUUCAACACGUAAUAAUCACAAGCAAAACAGAAAUUGCGAAAAGGGUGGCUAAAUGCAUAUUUUUUUCAUGCAUUCUUUUGACUGAAAAUAAUAGUUCAAAAGAACAAAAUCUGUAUCGGUACGAUGUAUUAGCAUGUGUAAAAAAAAGCGGCUUCAGAUUAGUUCAAAAGUGUUUUCACGGUAAAAAAAUGUUACUGAACUGCUUGAUAUGUUAUGUCGAAAAUUCGAUAAUUCAUUUUGUAUAUUUUUAUUAGUUCCAGUCAAUAGCGCAGCGCGAUCUAUUGCAUUAAAGAAUUCUGGAUGUGCUUUGUGCAUUAACAAAAUUGGUCUUGUUCAAAUGUCUGGUGAAUUGGAAUCCCGUAUUCAGGAUGAUGUACGAACGAAUGUCAUUUUGACCGAUAGACAAAAUCGACAAUAUCUCACUGUAACAGUGUAUGAAGAGUCUAUCUAUCGAUUACUUGUUUAUCUUGAUUGCGGUGGACAGUUGGACGGAGGUUCGUUGAACAGCCCUUGUAGCCGUUCUCUAAGUGUGACCGUGUGGAUUGAUUUCAACGACAAUGAAUUUGAUGAUGCAGAAAGUCGAGUUCUCCGUCGCUCUUGGUCAGACUAUGACACGCCCACAGGUAUAUAUGAAUUGGAGAUACGUAUACCUACUAUUGAUGGCAGAAAUACCAAAUUUGGACUUCACCGUAUGCGUCUCACUGUGAUGCCGAGUGAAGAAUAUCAAAGAGAGUGUGGCACUAUCGGAUACCAAGAAACAAUCGAUUACACAAUCAAUAUUGUUCCAAAGGCGAGACCUAUAGUCGUUACAGCUGCCCCAUACAGGAAUCCAAUUUGCUUUCUGAACUUUGCCAAAAUUAUUCUUGUUAUAAUGGCCGGUGAGAAAGGAACAGAAAUUCGAGAUGAUAUACCAAAGAAUACUUUAAUGAGUAAUUAUCAGAAUCAACAUCAUCUGGUCGUUACAGUUUUUGAACACACGAUUUAUUUGAUACGCAUUCAGUUGGCGUGUUCUACCCAAUUGAGCACCGAUUUAACUCCAACUGGUUGUAAUCUUGCUCAAGAUGUGAUUGUCUCGAUUGAUCUAAAUGACGAUGGCAGAUUUGAUGAUUCAGAAAUCGGAUCUCCUUAUCGUUGGCCAGUAACUAGUUACAUGGCAGAAGGCAUCUACGAUUUGCAAAUAUACGUACCUAUGAUCGAUAGUAGAUAUACGAAAACUGGAGCGCAUAAAAUGCAGCUUGUUGUCCUACCAAGUGACUAUUAUAUAAGAAAUUGUGGCUACAGGGCCUACGACGAAACACGAGAGUAUACUGUUAAUAUUAUUCCAAGAAUGAAAUAUUCAGCUCUAGUCGCUGUUUCGCCUCCCUAUACGGUAUCAACAGAUUUUGAAUGUGUUUCUGACGUUGGCAAAAUUCUUCUUGUUAUUAUGGCUGGUGAAUACCGAACGCAGAUUCGAGAUGAUCCGUCAACAAGAGCUGUGAUGAGUAGAGACAGAGGAAAUGAACAACACUUAAGUAUUAUAUUGUAUGAAGACACCGUUUAUUUGCUGCGCAUUCAAUUAGAAUGCACUCGACAACGGGGCAGAGAUUCAUUUAAAACCAAUUGCACUCUUCCUCAUGAUGUGAAUGCUUGGAUUGAUUUAAACGAUGAUGGAAAAUUUAAUGAUUCAGAAAACGCAACUCCUUAUCGUUGGCCACUCGCUAGUUACAUACCAGAUGGUGUCUAUGAUCUACAAAUAUAUAUACCUAUUAUCGAUAGAAGAAAGAUAAAAGAUGGACCACAUGUUAUGCACCUUGUCGUCACGUUGAAUGAACAAUAUCGAAACAAAUGUGGCAAUAAUUACUAUAGGGAGGCACGACAGUACAACGUUACCAUUGUUCGAUAUACCAGUCAACCAGUCGACACUGGAGUUCCCUAUUUGCGGUUAAGUGAUAAUGCAUGUUUUCAAAACAAUAGCAAAAUCGUACUUGUUAUAAUGACUGGUGAGCUAGGGACACAUAUUCGAGAUGAUACACCAAUGAAUACGUUCGUGGGUGAGAAUCAAAAUCGACAUCACGUGGCCGUAAGUUUAUAUGAAAAUAGUAUCUAUCGGCUACGUGUCCAAUUGGACUGUGACCGACCCUCGAGUAGAGGUUCAUACGAUACGAAUUGUAACCUUGCUCAAGAUGUGAAUGUCUGGAUUGAUUUAAACAAUGAUGGAAAAUACGACGAAGCAGAAAGUCGUGUUCCUCAUCGGUGGCCACUACAUAGUUCUAUGGGACUAGGUAUAUAUGAUCUUGAAAUAUCAAUACCUGUUAUUGAUGGACAGAAUCUGAAAAGUGGUAUACAUCGGGUACGUGUUGUUGUGAUGCCGAGUGAAGAAUAUCACAAAAAGUGUGGCAAAACUGACUACAGAGAAAUACGGGAGUAUACAUUCAACAUUAUUCCAAGGACAACAUAUGGAGAACUCAGAGCCGUGCAUUGUUCACCCGGCAAUUUAGCCUGUUCGGGCGGUAAUAGUGCUAUUUUUUUGGUGAAAUUAUUUGGUGAACAAAAUACACAAAUUGAUGAUUCAACAAAACAAUGUAGUUCGACGAAUAAUUACAGUGAUCGAAGGGAUCUGGUUGUAACCUUAUUCGACAAUAUGGCCUAUACGCUUCAUAUCGAACUGUUUUGUGUACAACAAGGGGAUUAUGAAAAUUCGUAUAAUCGAGAUUCGUCGUUGUUUGAUACAAUAUGUAAUCGUGCUCACUAUCUUGAUGUUUGGAUUGAUUUCAACAACGAUGAUAUAUUCGAUGAAAGUAAAGAACGAAUGAGUCCUACUGAUCGAUAUAGAGAUGAUAAUCAUAAAACUCAAUAUGAUUUACAUAUUAACAUUCCGAAGAUUGAUGGAGGGUAUUACUUGGAUGGACAACGUCGAAUGCGUAUUAUUCUGACACAAGAUGAACAAAAUCGUAGAUCAUGCUACAACAGUGGCUAUGGUGAAGCAAGAGAUUACACAGUACGAAUCAUAGCGAAACCAAGGUACUGA